GAACCAUGCUGCCUGGGUCCACACCCUGGCCUUGCUGUGUGACCUGGGGUAAGUGGCUUCACCUCUCUGAGCCCCGGUUUCCUCAACUGGAGAAUGGAGCUGAUGAUAACAUAGCCACCUCUUAGGGUCAUGGUGGAGUGCUCAGAACAGGGUGAAGCUGCUGUCAGGAUGGUGUUGAGUAGAAGCAGGUCAUGAGAGAAAAAGAUGUAAGCCAUCCAGAGUUGAGUGCUUAACUGUGACCAGGAGAGGAAGUGUGAAAAUGGGAGUGCCGGUGAGGAUCUGUGGACAACAGAGACAGACUGGGCUGUGUAGAGAUCAGCAUUUGUGGGUACGAUUCCGCAACAUGUCGAUGUCUUGAAACAAAAACGGGUGGAUAUUCUAGAUGAAAAAGAGACUAGAGAGAUAAUAACUGACAAAUGGAACGUGUGAGCCAUGGUUGGAUGUUCGAAAAGAAAAUAACUAUGAAAGACUUCUGGGUGGGCUUCCCUGGUGGUGCAGUGGUUGAGAAUCUGCCUGCCAGUGCAGGGGACACGGGUUCGAGCCCUGGUCCGGGAGAAUCCCACAUGCCACGGAGCAACUAAGCCCGUGAGUCACAACUACUGAGCCUGCGCAUCUGGAGCCUGUGCUCCGCAAUGGGAGAGGCCACGACAGUGAGAGGCCCGCGCACCGCGAUGAGGAGUGGCCCCCGGUCGCCGCAACUGGAGAAAGCCCUCGCACAGAAACCCAACACAGCCCAAAAAAUAAAUAAAUAAUAAAUUAAUUAAAAUUAAAAUAAAAAAGAGAGAUAGAAAUCUAAACACUUUCAAAAGAAAAGACUUCUGGGGACGAUUGGGAAAAUCUGAAUAUGACUGGGUAUUCAAGAAUUAGCGUUAAUUUUCUUGGGUGCGAUGUUGGCACGGUGAUUGUGUAGGGGAUUAUUAUUAUUCACACAAGUGGAGUGCAAAUCAGUCAGCAAAAGUAUUGGUCAGUGUCUGGGUACACACGCACAGAUAAAGUGGGUGAGGCAGCAUGUUAGAACAUUGAAUCAGGUAUUCACGGUGCUACGAAUGCAGUCUUUCUGUCUAUUUGGAUCUUUUUCAAAAUAAAAAGUUGCGAGUAGGACUUGCCUGGUGGCGCAGUGGUUGAGAGUCUGCCUGCUGAUGCAGGGGACACGGGUUCGUGCCCCGGUCCGGGAAGACUAGAGAAAGAACUAGAGAACUAGAGAAAGAACUAGAGAAAGCCCUCGCACAGAAACAAAGACCCAACACAGCCAAAAAUAAAUAAAUAAAAAUAAAUAAAUUUAUUAAAAAAAAAGGAAUGUAGGACUGAUCCAUGCUAUCAUGUCGUUGAAUCUUGAAACACUAUCCUAAGUGAAAGAAGGCAGAGACAAGAGGCCACAUUUUUUUUUUUAAGGCUACAUAUCGUAUGAUUCCAUUUAUCUGAAAUGUACAGAAGAGGCAAGUCUACAGAGAUAGAAAGUAGAUUAAUGGUUUCCAGGGACUCAAGGGGAGGCAGAUGCGGGAAAUGGGAGGGGGUGACUGCUAACAGGUUAGCAGUGAUGAAAAUGUUCUGAAAUUGAUUGUGGUAAUAGUUGCACAACUGAAUAUACUAGAAGCCAUUGAACUGUGCACCUUAAAAUGGGUGAAUUAUAUCUUAUAUGAAUUAUAUCUCAAUAAAGCUAUUAAAAAAUAGAAUGAGAACCCCAAGAACUUGUUUAUGUGGGGUUGUAUUUAUGGAUAUUUGCCGUAUUAGAGAUUAAAACUGAAAAAAAUUUUAAACACAAGAAUACACACACACAUACACACACUCUCUCUCUCCAUCAGCUAUCAGAGAAAUGACGGCAUCACAGGUCACAGCUUCUGGAAAACUCUACUGAACAUUUGUGGGUGAAUGAGAGUAAAAAAGGGCAAAUAACAUAUUAAUAUUAUUAUGAAAAUAGUUCUGAUCUCACAGACCCUCCUAAAGGGUCUCAGGGGCCCCCAGAACACACUUAGAGAAUUGCUGCCCUCGUUCUCCAGAAGCUCUUCUCGUGCUGUAUUCUGGUACCUCCCCCCUCAUUAAGGGUCUCCACUGUCUUGGCUUCUGACCCCCUGAGAUUAGUUUUGUCUGUUUUUGCUCCUUUAUACGCACGUAAUCAGUGUAUUCUCGUAUGUGUCUGGUUUUUUUGCUCAGCAUUCUAUCUGAGAGAUGCAUCCAUGUUGCUGUGAGCGGUUGUAUGUUGUUUAUUCAACACUGUAAUAGUCACCCUGUGACUAUUCCACAAUUCCUCUGUUCAUUCUACUGAUGGUCAUUUGGGUUGUUUCCAGCUUGGGACUGUUAUGAAUAAUGCUACUGUGAGCCUUCUUGGAGUAUCUGUUGGUGGACACAUUUAUGCCUUUCUCUUGGGGAUAUACCUAGGAGGCAAAUUGCAUCAGGUAUAGGUGUGUGCUUUACUGGAAACUUCCCAGCUGCUUUCCAAAGGGCUUGGGCCAUGGCAGUCUCAUCGGCAGUGUCGAGGUGCUCCACAUCUUUGUCAACACUUGGUAUUGUCUUUUUUGCCUUAGCCGUUCUGGUAGGUGUGCAGUGGUGUCAUACUGAUUAUUUUUGUGGUUGCCAUACUAAUGAUUAUUCUCUCCACCCCAGAGGGAGGCUCCCGGCCGGGCUCCAGCAUUUUCCUUUCGGAGGCCAAUGCCGAGCGGAUUGUGCAGACCUUGUGUACGGUUCGGGGGGCUGCCCUCAAGACAACAGCUUCAUCAGCCCCCAGCUGCAGCGCAUCUUCGAGCGGGUUCGCCAGAGCGCCGACUUCAUGCCCCGCUGGCAGAUGCAGAGAGUUCUGGAAGAGGAGCUCGGCAGGGACUGGCAGGCCAAGGUGGCCUCUCUGGAGGAGGUGCCCUUUGCUGCUGCCUCAAUCGGGCAGGUGCACCAGGGCGUGCUGAGGGAUGGGACAGAGGUGGCCGUGAAGAUCCAGUACCCAGGCGUCGCCCAGAGCAUCCAGAGCGACAUCCAGAACCUGCUGGCGGUGCUCAAGAUGAGCGUGGCCGUGCCGGAGGGCCUGUUUGCAGAGCAGAGCCUGCAGGCCUUGCAGCGGGAGCUGGCUUUGGAAUGCGACUACCGUCGUGAGGCGGCUUGUGCCCAGAACUUCAGGCAGCUGUUGGCAGACGACCCCUUCUUUCGGGUGCCAGCCGUUAUUCAGGAGCUGUGCACGACGCGGGUGCUGGGCAUGGAGCUGGCUGGAGGGGUCCCGCUGGACCAGUGCCAGGGCUUGAGCCAGGACAUCCGGAACCAGAUCUGCUUCCAGCUCCUGAGGCUUUGUCUUCGGGAGCUGUUUGAGUUCCGAUUCAUGCAGACGGACCCCAACUGGGCCAACUUCCUGUAUGAUGCCUCCAGCCACCAGGUGAUCUUGCUGGACUUCGGUGCAAGCCGGGAAUUUGGGACUGAAUUCACAGACCAUUAUAUCGAGGUGGUGAUGGCUGCAGCCAACGGAGACAGAGACCGGGUCCUGCAGAAAUCCCGAGACCUCAAAUUUCUCACAGGCUUUGAGACCAAGGCAUUCUCGGACGCCCACGUGGAGGCCGUGAUGAUCCUGGGGGAGCCCUUCGCCACCCAGGGCCCCUACGACUUUGGAGCGGGUGAUACUGCCCGCCGUGUGCAGGGCCUCAUCCCUGUACUGCUGCAGCACCGGCUUCGCCCACCGCCUGAAGAGACCUAUGCCCUGCACAGAAAGCUGGCGGGGGCUUUCCUGGCCUGUGCCCGCCUCCAUGCCCACAUCGCUUGCCGGGACCUCUUCCAGGACACCUACCACCGCUACUGGGCCAGUCGUCAGGCAUAGCCACUGCCCGAAGCCUCCUAACCAGAGGGAUGUCUGCUCCGACCCCUCAGAGACUCCAUCUCGGGAUUCCAGCCCCAUAGCAGGCCAUCCCCUGCUCUGAGGCCUCCUUCCCUCUCUGCUGCAGGUCUGGGGACCCACCUUGGGCUUGGGACUAGGGAUCUCCAGCUUCAUAGCCCCGUAUCCUGCUCUCCCCACUCCAAAGGGAGCAUCCAGGAACUCCACCCAGCUAUUAAUUUAUGUCUGCCAACAUGUGAGAGAGCCUUAGGCCCCUCCGCACUGCCAUUGUGGAGAUCAGACUCACCUAGACGGGGAGCCCCAGACCUCUGCGUCAGGUCUCCCCCAGAUGUGGCCGGUGUUUGAAUCUUCGGUCCUAAUAAAAGUGGCCCUCCC